UGUGACGCAGUUGGAGUUUGUGUUUUCACUUCCUGAAACACACAGAAGUGUUAUAAAAAGUAACUUUCAAGACAUUUUAAGGACAUUUAACUGUUUUAUAGUUCUCUUGGACAUGCGAGGACAAGAUACGAUGUCGUGACUGUGUGUUGUUCCAUAAAUAUGGGUCAGAUGGAAAAAGACGUGGUGCCGUGCCUCCACCUCCUCACCUUCUACCGAGAGGUUCUGGUGUCCAAGGUGAGGAGCAUUCAAUGCAUCCUGGACAACCUUUUGGCUUCUGGUUUUUUCUGUCCAGAAGAUGUUGAGAUUGUGCUGCGUACCCUCACCAAGCCAGAUCAGGUACGCAAAAUAUUGGAGUUCAUCCAAUGCAAAGGAGAGGAGGCUUGUGAAUUUUUCAUUUAUAUCCUGUAUAAAGUUGGUGAUGCGUACAUUGAUCUCCAGCCGUGGUUGAAUGAGAUCAAUUACAAGCCAAGUGAUCACAUGAAGGAGCUGACGGUGGUGAACACAGAUCCCAUCAGCAGGUAUUGUGAGAAGCUGAGACAAGAAAUCGGCCAGGAUUCCUGCUUCAUUAUGUCAUAUGGCCAGAAAGAGGAGACACGGCUGGAGGAUCUCUACACUGACACAUUAAUAGAACUCUUAAACGACUCCAAUGAAAGUAUUGGCUUCUUGGAGAGACUUGACCAACUCCUAGAGGAUUGCCCACCCAGUGAUCUUCAAGGUGAAACAAUAUUUGUUACUGGAGAUGCUGGUGUGGGAAAAUCUACUUUCCUUCAGAAGCUUCAAAACCUGUGGUCCAAGAAGCAGCUGAAGACUGAUGCCAUUUUUUUCUUCAAGUUUCGUUGUAGGAUGUUCACUACUUUCAAGGAAACAGACCAGAUCUCUCUCAGAGACCUAUUGUUCAAGUACAACUGCUACCCUGAUCAAGAUCCAGAUAACGAGGUGUUUGACUAUAUUGUGCGCUUUCCUGAGAAGGUGAUUUUUACCUUUGAUGGCUAUGAUGAGGUUCAAGACAAUGUAGACCUGAUAAAUGUACCUGAAAUGGUGUCACCAGAGGAAAAGGCACAUUCCCUCUUGUUGCUAAUUAGCCUGCUUUGUGGGAAAUUACUCAAAGGAUCAAUAAAGGUCCUGACAGCGCGAUCAGGUGUUGAAAUCCAGAGAAAGGUGAUCAGAAAGAAGGUGGCUCUCAGGGGGUUCUCUCCAACUCAUCUAAAGACUUACAUCAAUCUGCACUUCAAGGAACAAGAACAUCGAGACCUGGUUUCAGUUCAGCUGGAUGCUAGCCCCCACCUUUCUGGCCUGUGUACCAUCCCAUUGUUUUGUUGGAUUGUAUUCAAGAGUUUUAGACACCUUCAUGCCAUUCAUGAUAGUUUUGUUUUGCCCGAAAUCUGUGUCACUCUCACUGACAUUUUCCUGCUGUUGUCUGAGGUUUUCCUCAGCCAUUCAGCCAUACCUGCACCAGGUCUGCUGAGGAGACGCUCUCGAUGUACAUUUGAGACUUUCAAAGCAGGUCUAAGGCCCCUAGCUGCAUUUGCCAAGCUAGCACUUCAAGGUAUGGAGAGAGACGCUUUUAUUUGUCACCAAGAUGAGAUCACAGCUUGUGGGCUUACAGAGGAGGACCUCCUCCUGGGCUUUCUUAGACCUGUUAGUGAUUAUGAUGCAAGAGGAAGCCCUGCAACCUUUGAAUUUCUCCACAUCACUCUACAGUCCUUCUUGGCAGCAUUUGCUCUUGUGUUGGAUGACAAGGAUGAGCCAAACUCCAUCCUUAAGUUCUUCACAGAGUGCAGCAGGAAACAGGAAUCACUGUGUCUGUCUUGCGUCACCUGUAAGGGCAGAUUAUCCAAGAUCAGGGAAAAGAAACCAUUUGCAUCAAAUGAGCACCUUCAUUUUAUUAAUCUUUUCAUGUGUGGACUGCUUUCCAAGGAUCACAAGAGUUUGAUGGAGAAUGUGGUUUCUCCAAUGUUAUUAAAGAAAAAACGAGCUUUAUUAAAAUCAUACCUUUCAACGAGUGUAAAGUCCCACCUUCGCGGCUUACCACACUAUGACAGCGCUGAUGGCAGGAAAAUUCACGCUUUGCCCAAUUUCCUGUGGAUGUUACGUUGCAUCUUUGAGACAGGUAGCAAAGACAUCGCCAAGAUAACAGCACAAGGCAUCGCAGCCAACUUCAUCAGACUGGCAUAUUGUAAUGUACACUCAAGUGACUGUGCCGCGCUCAACUUUGUGUUUCAACACCGUGAGAAACUUCUGGGGCUCGACAUGGAUAACAACAACAUCGGUGACUAUGGCAUCAAACAGCUGAAACCGUCCUUCUGUAAGCUGACAGCUGUAAAAUUGAGCGUCAAUCACCUGUCAGACAGCAGCAUUGAAGUACUUGCUGAAGGGUUGUGUAAGCAUAAACUUGUGGAGAGUCUGGGGCUUUACAACAAUCACAUCACAGAUGCUGGAGCCAAGUUAGUUGCUCAGAUCAUUGAGGAGUGUCCAAAGUUGCGUAUUGUCAAGAUUGGUCUAAAUAAGAUCACCAGUGUUGGCGCGAAGUAUUUGGCCAGUGCAAUUCAGAAGAGCACAUCUAUAUUUGAAGUGGGAAUGUGGGGGAACUGCAUUGGUGAUGAGGGAGCAGAAGUAUUUGCAGAAGCUUUGAGGCACCAUCCAAGUCUUACCAACCUCAGUCUCUCAGCCAAUGGCAUCACAUCAAGGGGUGGGAAGAGCCUGGCAGAAGCACUGAAAGAAAACAGCUCCCUCAGGAUAUUUUGGUUGGUGCAGAAUCAGUUGACUGAUGAUGUGACUCCACAUUUGGCUGACUUAAUCAAAGCAAACACUGGGCUAACUCACCUCUGGUUGAUCAGUAACCAGUUCACUGUGGAUGGGAUCAGACACCUUGCUGAGGCCCUUUGUCACAAUACAGCACUGAAAGAAAUAUGUGUGAAGGGAAACCAGCUCAGUGAAGAGGAAGAGGAAGAGUUUGCGACAGAGAAACGGCUGCAAUUCCACUGACUUCCUGUGAACGUGUGAUAUUUCUGUUUGUUGAGAACGUGAAGUGCAACUGCACGAGUGUGUUUGUGUGUUGAGCUGUUUUUGUUUUUUUGUUUGUUUUUUUGGUAUGGAAUGGUCACAUCCAACCUUCUGUAACCUUAAGUAAUAUGCCAAGCACAAUUAAAGUAUAAAAAGUAAAAAAAUGAAAUAACCAAUGUGUAUGACAGUAUACUUUAAGUAUACAAUAAUAAACUAAAAAUAGGGACUCAAAGU